GCGGACGCUUCGGGAUGCUGCUGCCGCUGCAAAGAUGGAGCUCCGCGGCGAACACAUCAAAGUAUUAGCAGGAGUUUGAGACAAAGAAAGGGUUCCGAGCUUGACUCCUGUGAGCCGAGCGAAGUCUGGUGGAGUUUAUGUCGUGAUUGAGCCCGACUGACGUUGGAAAUGAAGCUGCUGAAGCCCAGCUGGGUGAGCCACAACGGCAAACCUAUAUUCUCUGUGGACAUCCAUCCCGAUGGAACCAAAUUCGCCACUGGUGGGCAAGGUGAGGACUCGGGGAAGGUCAUGAUCUGGAACAUGGCACCAGUUCUCCGAGAGGAGGAUGAGAAGAACGAGAAUAUUCCCAAGAUGCUUUGCCAGAUGGACAAUCACCUAGCGUGUGUGAACUGUGUGCGCUGGUCCAACAACGGCCUCUACCUGGCUUCAGGAGGAGACGACAAGCUGGUGAUGGUGUGGAAGAGAGCAGCCUUCAUUGGGCCCAGCACAGUGUUUGGCUCCAGCAGUAAACUGGCCAACGUGGAGCAGUGGAGGUGUGUGACCAUCCUGAGGAACCACACUGGAGAUGUCAUGGACGUGGCCUGGUCUCCUCAUGAUGUGUGGCUGGCGUCCUGCAGCGUCGACAACACCAUAGUCAUCUGGAACGCUCGCAAAUUCCCGGAGAUGGUGACGUGUCUGCGAGGUCACACUGGGCUGGUCAAAGGGCUGACGUGGGACCCGGUCGGGAAGUACAUCGCCUCACAGGCCGAUGACCACAGCCUGAAGGUCUGGAGGACGCUGGACUGGCAGAUGGAGGCCAACAUCACCAAGCCCUUCACAGAGUGUGGUGGGACCACGCACGUCUUGCGUCUCUCCUGGUCUCCGGAUGGUCAGUACCUGGUUUCGGCCCAUGCCAUGAACAACUCGGGCCCCACCGCUCAGAUCGUGGAGCGGGACGGCUGGAAGACCAACAUGGACUUCGUGGGCCACCGGAAAGCCGUGACGGUGGUGAAAUUCAACCCAAAGAUUUUCAAGAAGAAGCAGAAGAACGGUAGUGCCCUGAAGCCCAGCUGCCCGUACUGCUGCUGUGCUGUGGGCAGCAAAGACCGCUCGCUCUCCGUCUGGCUGACCGCACUAAAGCGCCCCCUGGUGGUCAUCCACGAUCUGUUUGACAAGUCGAUCAUGGAUAUUUCCUGGACCCUGACUGGUCUUGGCAUGUUGGUGUGCUCCAUGGAUGGGACCGUGGCGUACCUGGACUUCUCCCUGGAUGAGCUGGGAGACCCGCUGAAUGAAGAGGAGAAGAACACCAUCCAUCAGAACAUCUAUGGGAAGAGUCUGGCCAUCACCAGCACCGAGGCUCAACUCUCCACCACCAUCAUCGAGAACCCUGAGAUGCUCAAAUACCAGCAGGAGAGACAGAACUCUGUGCAGAACAACACCGGGCCCGCCAGCACCGGUCCAGAGUCCUCCACACCCAAACUGAACAGCGUGAUGAAUGGAGAGUCGCUGGAGGACAUCAGGAAGAAUCUCCUGAAAAAGCAGGUGGAGACGCGAACGGCUGACGGCCGAAGAAGGAUCACGCCGCUGUGUAUCGCUCAGCUGGACACGGGAGAUUUCUCCCCGGCUCUGUUCAACAGUGUUCCCAUCCUCCCGUCUGGCUCGUCCAGCCAGCUUAACUCGCAGCUCAGCUCUGACUCCAGCCCGGGACAGAGCUCGUCUCUGGGCCUGCGGUCAAGUCAGGACCCGCUGAUGAACCUACCGCCACCUGGCACCACUAAGAACCUUGAGGACAACAAGGAUGGGGUAAAGACCAGUUUGCUGCUCACCUCCGCCUCCAAGAUCGAGCCCAUGAAGGCGCUGGACUCCAGGUUCACUGAGAGGUCCAAGGCCACUCCUGGGGCUACCGCCCCCUUCGCCUCCACCGCCGGACUCACACCUCUGGACAGGCCCAAAGACGUCGUCUCUAUCCUCAAAGAUGUGAAGUCCAAAGAGGAGACCAGCAGCGACAGCGAGGACAAGAUGGCCUCCAUUAACAAGAACCUGACGCUGGGCAAACGGAAAGCCGACCUGCUGAUGGAUGGAGGGGAGGUGGUGGAGAAGAGGAAGAAGGGACGACCCCGGAAAGAAAAGAUGGCGCCGCCAGUCGCUCAGCCCUUCGCUCAGAUCAUGCCUGCAGUGGAACGUGAGCCCAGCAGGGCGGCGCCACCUCCUUCUCCUGUAGCUGCACUCAAACUUCCAACUCCAAACAUUCAGAAGAGCUUCAGCAUGCAAGUGUGCAUGGAGCCGUCUGUGUUCCUGGAGGUAGAGAAUGAAGUGUCGGCGGUUGCUGGUUCGAAGCUCAGCCAGUUGCGCUGCUCAAAGGACGGACGAGAAUGGAACACACUGCUGCCCAGCUCUGUGGUCACUGCUGCAGGGAGCAGUGACGUCAUCGCAGUGGCCUGCGAUGACAGGAUGCUCUCCAUCUUCUCUUCCUGUGGGCGGCGGCUCCUUCCCUCCAUCCAGCUGGCCACAUCAGCGUCAGUCCUCAACUGCACUGCCCAGUUUGUCAUGGCGCUGACUGCAGGCGCAACGCUUUCCGUCUGGGACGUCCACAAGCAGAAGUCUGUGGUGAAGAAUGAGUCUCUGGCAGCCAUCUUGUCUGGUCCUGACGUGACAUUGUCUCAGUCUCUGCUGACUCAGCAGGGGGUUCCCGUUGUGGGACUGUCAAAUGGGAAGUCGUACUGCUUCAGCACCUCACUGGAAACUUGGACCCUGGUGUCGGACCGGGGUGACUCUCUGGUUCAGUGUGCUGACUUCCGCAACUGCCUGCCCUCCCACGACAUGCCCGCCUCCUCGGGCCCUCUGGCCGUCAUGCAGGGGCGCAACCUCAACGCCGGCCGGGUCGCGUCCCGCCUCUCCUCCACCCCCCACCACCUGCAGCAAGGCAUGACCUUGGCAUUCCUGGAGAAUCAGCUGGCAGCUGCACUCAUCCUGCAGUCGGCGCAGGAGUACCGAUACUGGCUGCUCAUCUACGGACGCUUCCUGGUCAACGAAGGGUCGGAGCAUCGUCUCAGAGAACUCUGCUCGGAUCUGCUGGGUCCAGUUCACAGAUCGGCCGGCUCGGCAUGGGAGCCCACCACUCUGGGUCUCCGUAAACGGGAGCUGCUGCGGGAAGUGUUGCCGCUCAUCGGAGAAAACCUGCGCUUCCAGAGACUGUUCACAGAAUAUCAGGACCAGCUGGAGCAGCUGCGCAGCAAGUAGCACUCCGUCGGAGCCGGACUCUCGAGCUGCCAGAGGUGAUCCAGUAAAACUGAGAUCUGGCCGAGUUCUGGUCCUGGUUUCUGCUUCGUCUGUCACUGAAGCCGAGCGGUGCUGGUUCGUCUCGUCGUCUGAAUCCCCGUCGGCCCAAGACCAACUCGGACUGAGGUGGACUGAAGAAGGUCCAGGUUUCAACCCUGAACUUGAACCACAGCGACGAACCCUGAAGUGAGGGGGAAUGAACCCAGCAGUCAAGCCAGCAAACCUUUCUAAAUGAAAGUCCCUGUCCAACAGGAAGUGAAUUAGAGAGAUGUCACAUGACUGUGGUGCUGCUGCCAUGACCAAUAGCGUCUCCCCACCUGUCUGAGAGCAGAGAAUCCGGUGCUCAUUUAUGACGUCACUGCGCUGAGAACAAAUCAAGAGUGGUUGCUGGUUGUAAUCCAGUUGACAGCGUGUGAUUAUUAAAGCUAGUGAGAUCCAAAAGAUGUGGGACCCAGGGUGGACAGCGCAAAUGAAGUGAUCUGUGACCGCUGGAUAGCUUGCCAAAUCAUUUCGCUGGACUGGACUCCAGAAUCAUGAAAUCUGAUCCAGAACUUCAACAUGAAUUCCAACUUCAAACUUUUUGUCUUUUACUGUAAAUUUGAAGCAGAAAUGAGCUUUUUUUGAAGUGGCCUGAACCCUCAGUUUGAGGAGCCAUACCUGAAGCGCUACCUGCUGAAUGAGAUCUGAAUCUCUGUUUUGUGAGAGUCUGAUGUGGAUGUUGCGUUUGUCGACGAAAGGAGUCUUUUCAGGAGAAAAAAGGGGAUGUCUUGUUUUGCUUUGCAGUUUUCUCUGCUAUCUGUUUUCUUUUCUCCAUUUUUGGCCGUCAGUUUAAUUUCUGUCCAUAAAAUUAAUCCGAGAAGAGUUUGUUUCUGUCUCGGAAGAAGAGCAGCGAUGAAUAAAUAACAUUUGGUUAC